CGACGAAGAGGUGAAAUGGCGCAGAGAGGAGUUCAGCUGGACCCGAAAAAAUUUUGCUGUUCGAUCUGUCUGGACCUACUGAAGGAUCCGGUGACUAUUCCCUGUGGACACAGCUACUGCAUGAACUGUAUUAAAAGCUUCUGGGACAAAGAGGAUGAGCAGGAAAUCCACAGCUGCCCUCAGUGUAGGCAGACCUUCACACCGAGGCCUGUCCUGGUCAAAAACACCAUGUUAGUUGAUUUAGUGGAGGAGCUGAAGAAGACUGGACUCCAAGCUGCUGAUCACUGCUGUGCUGUACCUGAAGACGUGGCCUGUGAUGUCUGCACUGGGAGGAAACUGAAAGCCGUUAAAUUCUGUCUGGUUUGUCUGGCCUCUUACUGUGAGAAUCACCUGCAGCCUCAUCAUGACGCAGCUCCAUUAAAGAAACACAAGCUGGUGGAUCCUUCCCAGAAGCUCCAGGAGAACAUCUGCUCUCGUCACGACGAGGUGAUGAAGAUGUUCUGCCGCACCGAUCAGCAGUGUAUCUGUUAUCUCUGCUCUGUGGAGGAACAUAAAGGCCACGACACAGUCUCAGCUGCAGCAGAAAGGACUGAGAGGCAGAGAGAGCUCCAGCUGAGUCGACAAAAGAUCCAGGAGAGAAUCCAGGACAGUGAGAAAGAUGUGAGGAGCUGGCAACAGACGGUGGAGGCCCUCAAUGGCUCUGCUGUUAAAGCAGUGGAGGAGAGUGAGAAGAUCUUCACAGAGAUGAUCGGUCUACUGGAGAAACGACGCGCUGAUGUGAAGCAGCAGAUCAGAUCCCAGCAGGAAACUGAAGUGAGUCGAGUCAAAGAGCUUCUGGAGAAGCUGCAGCAGGAGAUCGCUGAGAUGAAGAGGAAAGACGCUGAGCUGAAGCAGCUCUCACACACAGAGGAUCACAACCAGUUUCUACACAACUUCCUCUCACUGUCAGAACUAAUUAAAUCUACAGAGCCAUCCAGCACCAUUAGGCCUGUUGUGAUGAGCUUUGACUGUGUGGCACCGGUGUCAAAGAUCAGAGAUAAACUACUGGAUGCUCUGGGAGAGAAAGGGACAAAACAGGAAAACGGAAAAACAACGAGUCAACAACAGCCUAAUCCUGGGCGCGCUGAAAGCUUUCAAACAUAUAGGCAUUACCCGAGAGUAUAUCAAUACAUCGAUGAUGAUUUUAUGUAGCAGUCGCAUACAAGAAUAUCAGCAGAUGAGGGACCUCGAAUGAAUGCGUGUUUGCACAUAAUGACAAAUCUUGGUCGUUAAGUCUCCUCCACAGGGUCCACACCACAUUCACUCAGCCUCUCUACGCUGGACUUUGGUUUUACUGGUGCAAUGGAGUCACUGCUGAGCUCAGUGAACUCAAAUAGAAAAACGUUAUUAAGUUAUGAGGCUGUGGGAAGUUUGAAUUUGUUUAGGUGGAGGAUCUCACUGCUCUUGGUGAAUUUUACUUUUACCUAAACUGACACUUCUCCACAUGAAAAUAUAAACUUGCUCUAAAUCUUUGUUGAACAUUUGUAUUGAUGUAUUUGUACGUUGCUGUUUCUCCUCCAAUGCAUGGGCCUUUAACACAGAGAAGCUCCAGGGUUUUUAUGUAUGUGGUUAAACUAUUUUUUCAUUUCUUUGUUACUCUGUAACAAAAAGUCUCUUGAACUGUCGUUGACUCUCUCAUUACCUACUGUUAUUAUAAUCAUUAAAGAGAAUAUCCAUUA